AUGCUAAGCACUAUCUGUGAGAUAGGAGAAUUCAGAGAAGCUACAUUGGAGUACCCACUGCAUUCACUAGGUCUCAUUGAUCCCCCAAAGGUUCUUGCAGAUAUAGUUGAAUCUUUGAUUGGUGCUAUCUUUAUCGACUCCAACUGCAUGGAUACAACUUGGCAGGUGGUAAAAAAAUUGUUACAACCUCUAAUUACUCUAGAAAAAUUAGAGGUUAAUCCAGUUACAAAAAUUUACGAGUUAUGUCAGAAGAAUGGAUUGAAGACAAAAUUUGUUGAUCAAUGGGAGAAAACAGGAGAGGUUGAAGUUUUCGUUGAUGGAAAAUUUGUAGGAAAGGGAAAAUCAUGUGGAAAAAAAAUAACUGCAAAAAAUAGGACUGCAAACAAUGCAUAUUUCCAACUUAGAAAUUUGAGUGUGAAAGCCACCAUUGUUGAUGAUCAACUUUGUGAUGAAACGUGUGACAAGGGUACAAAUACAACUAUGGAAGGUGCAUUCACAUCAUCCUGGAAGGAGCUGCUCAUCAAGAAUAUCACAUCAAACAUCACACAACAACAACUACAAUCUGUUACUGGAGCAACAAAUCCCAACAAGCUAUUACUGGAGGCUUCAGAGUUCACCUUACAGCUGUGGGGAGGACAAUCACAACAACUGGAGCCAUUUUUCUCCUAUGCAGAAACAUCACACAAUAACAGCAGAGACUACCACCAAAUUAAUGCACUCAAAAUGGUUUUGCAACUUGGAGGAUGCAAUUUACUUGGAGCCAACAACAAGCAACAACCAACAGCAGCAAAGUCAGAUUAA